AUGAGUGGAAAGAAGAGAAAGCUCCCCACUGUCAAAGACGAAGUUUUCGAAGAUGAAAUUGGGAAUGUAAGUAUACGUGGACACUUGGGAGUACUGUAUCUCUCUAACGGUAAUACAGGGGUAAUAGAUCAUAUGGCAAGGAAGGAUAUAUUGGUAUUUCUCACUAACAACAGAAAUUAUGACGGAAAUAUUCAUAGAAACUUAGAAAUCCUCACACUGCUGAGAACAGAUGAUUUCAUGACAAAACAGUUUGAUGAUGAAGGAAAUUCAGACUCCGAAUACAGCAUCAGUGAAGGUGAAGAGGAAACUGAAAUCCCAGAGGAUGAUUCAGAGGACGAGUCAGAUGAUGAACCAGAUGACAAGAGUGCAGAGAGGGGGAAAAGUAAACAGGUGAAUCAAAAGGCGACAGGUUCCAAAGGGGCGCCAAAGUCAAAGAAGGCAGGUAGGAAGAUUGAAAUGGAAGCAGCAGAGGCCGAGGAAGAUGAGGACGAGGGAGAAGAUUCAGAGGAGGAGGAUUCUGAUGAGGAAAACUGGCAUGAUAUGUCAUCUGAUGAAUAUGAAUCGGCCGAAGAAGGAAGCGAUAUUGACAGCAAGCACCAGUGGUACAAAUGCAUUGAAGAAAAGGAGGAGAAGGAGGAGGAAGAGGCGGUAGAGAAAGCAGUUUACAAUGAAUAUGAAGAGGACUCCUCAGAUGAAGAAGAUCUAAGGAACACAAUUGGAAACAUCCCAAUGAACUGGUAUGAUGAGUACCCACACAUGGGAUACGAUUUGGAUGGGAAUCCUAUCAUCAAGCCCGACAAAGGAGACAAGCUCGAUCAGUUCUUAAGGAUGUUAGAGGAUCCAGAUCAUGGCGAACAGUUAUAUGACAAACAGACUGGCCAGGAGGUGCGACUGAGUGACGCAGACUUAGAUAUUGUGAGGCGUGUGCUGUCAAACAAAGUACCAGAUGCCAAGUAUAAUAUGUACAGCAAAUGGAUUGACCACUUUACUCAUGAGGUUAUGGACAUGCCACUCUCUGGCCGGCCGGAACACAAGAGGUCCUUCAUUCCGAGCAAGUUCUUUGGCAUAAUCAUCUGCCCUCACCACUGGUCAUAUUUUUUCUUCACAAAUACUCAAGGCUGCUGUGAUUAUGCUAAGAAAUGCCCUCAAAUAUUUUGGAAUGGAGAAAGAGCUGCAUAUGUGGCGAGAAGAGCAGAGUUGAUCAAGAAGGGAAUGGUCACAUAUAAGACCAAGCAGAAGAAAAAACGGUUUUAUGACCUAUGGGGUACCAAGGGAGAUGACCAGAUUAGAAGGCUAACGCAGCGGUUGGAGACACCAAAGAUGCCUUUACCAGGGCAUGAGGAUUCAUAUCGCGCACCUUUAGAAUACAUUAAAGAAUACAAUGCCAGGAGGUUCACAAGUGUCCGUAAGAUUCCACAGUUUUACAAUUUCGUGAAAGAUAGAUAUGAAAGAUGCCUCGACUUGUACUUAGCCCCGCGCAAGUUGAUAAAGAAACCCCUAUAUAAAGCAGAUGACUUGUUGCCGCGUAUGCCCAAACCCAAAGACCUGCGACCUUUCCCAACGAGAGAAGCAUUGCGAUUUGUUGGCCACCAGUCUGUUGUCAGAACCAUUUCAAUUCAUCCACUAGGAAAGUUCUUGGCUUCUGGUUCAGAUGAUCACACAGUUAAAAUUUGGGAAAUUAGCACUGGACGUUGCCUCAGAACAUUCAAUUUCCAAGGUAUUAUUAAGUGGGUGGCCUGGAAUCCAAGCCCCAAAUUGUUCCUGCUGGCAGUGGUUGUAGGGAACAAAGUUUUCUGCUUGAAUCCCGAGACCUACCUCACAGAUCGGGUUGUGGUCAGGCAGACUAAUGCUGUUUUCAGGGUGGAGCCUGAUAAGGGAGAUGAUCAAAUUGGAAAGCAGUUUGAACGUGUGAGGACUGCUGUGACUUGGAGGAAACCAGAUGCAACUGAGUGGAGUAAUGGAAUAAGAGUAGUUUUAGAGCAUUUCAAGGAUGUGAAACAGAUUGUGUGGCAUAAACAGGGUGAUUAUUUUGUCACGGUGAUACCCCAUGGUAUGAAUAGGUCAAUCCUAAAUCAGCUUAGCCGCUGGAGAUCACAUCCCUUCACAGCCAUCAAAGCUCGAAUUGAGGUGGCCGAGUUCCAUCCCAAGUUGCCCUUCCUCUAUGUUGUGACCCAGACUCACGUUCGAGUGUACAACCUUCAGAAACAGACCAUGUUGAAGAAUAUCAGAGCCAACAGCCGCUGGGUCUCCUCUAUCAGUGUACAUCCAGGUGGUGCACUCCUCAUAGGUACCUUUGACCGUAAAGUCAGCUGGUUUGAAAUGGAGUGUACUAGAAAGCCUCAACUUGAAGUACCAAAGGAAGCUGUCCGUAAAGUUGCAUUCCACCGCAAAUAUCCACUCUUCGCCUCUGCGUCAGAUGAUGGCAGAAUUAUUGUGUCUCAUGGAAUGGUGUACAAUGACUGGAUAACAGAUCCUCUCAUCGUACCCGUGAAGGAGUUGGCUGGUCACUGGUUCCUGAAAAAUCUGUGUGUAUUGGACAUCGCUUGGCAUCCCUACGAGCCGUUCGUCCUGUCAUCUGGAGCAGAUACCACCAUCAGGCUGUGGAGUUAACAGAGCUGGAAGUGUCAUAAGAUGGGAAAUUUGUUAUCUUGGACAAGGUGUAUUUGACAUAGACAGUCCAUCUGAUUCAGGAUUAGAUACAAGAUAACACACUUGUUACUGGAUAGCAGUGUAGGUCUUGCCGUUAAGUCCUUUUUGGGGGAUUACAUUUAAAGGACCGACAUCGUUGUUGAACUGUCAAAUAGAUUCUUGCUCUGUGAAGACCUUCUCAUUUCCAUAGUUGAUGCAACUAUGGUACUGAACUCGUGGAGACUUUUGUUGUAGAUGUAUAGAUAUAUGUAUAUUGCACUGUACUUUGAUGUGAUUUGAACAGCUAAAGAUGGAUGAAAAUGGAUUGAAAAGUAUUACUUUGACAGAAGUGAAAGUAAUGAAUAGUGUAUUUGUUGAUUUUUUA